UCACAUCUAUUUGUUUGUGUGACUGCAGGAGAAAGAAACCAUUUCUGUCUGCAACCAGGAGACAGCUACAAUGGACCCGUCCAACCAGAAGCACUUUGCAGUUCUAGACUAUGUGAUAUUUGCCUUCUUGCUCGCGGCCUCUAUGGUCAUCGGCCUGUACUAUGCUCUCUCUGGUGGGCGUCAGCGCACUACACAGGAGUUCCUGAUGGCAGACAGGAGCAUGCACUAUCUUCCCGUUUCCCUGUCACUUAUUGCCUCAUUCCAGUCCGCUGUGGCAAUCAUAGGCAUACCGGCAGAAAUCUACACUCAUGGUACUCAGUACUGGUUCUUCGGCUGUGCUUACAUCCUGGGCCUCCUCCUUCCGGCUCAUAUUUUCAUUCCAGUGUUGUACAGACUGCGGCUCUCCAGUGCUUACCCGUAUCUUGAACUGCGCUUCAACAAAGCAGUGCGUGUUUGUGGAACUUUGAUCUUCAUGUUUCAGAUGGUGGGUUAA